AUGAUUAACAAAGGAAUUCCAUACGCCCAACCACCUAUAGGAAACUUGAGGUGGAAGAAACCUCUACCAUUAUGGACAAAUGCAUCUUGGUGCAGUUCGAAAAAUCACUUCAAAGCUACAUCAUUUGGAUCAGCCUGCUUUCAAUUGAAUCCUUUUCUCAAACAAUUUGAGGGACAAGAAGAUUGUCUAUAUCUUAAUAUUUGGACACCUACACUGGAUCCAGAAGCUGGAUUGGAAGUCAUGGUCUGGAUUCAUGGUGGAUUUCUUCAGUUUGGAAGUGGGCACCAAAAUGGCUUGCAUCCAAAUGGACAUUUGGCUAAACUUUUAAACGUUGUAUUCGUGUCUUUCAACUUCAGACUUCACGUACUAGGCUAUCUCGCUCUAGACAUAUUAUUCAGCAAUCUUCAUGAAGAUAGUAGAGGUAAUUACGGAAUGUGGGAUCAGCUGGUCGUUAUGAACUGGGUGAGAGACAAUAUUCUUUAUUUUGGAGGCGAUCCAAAAAAGGUCACAGUAUUUGGUCCUGAUGGAGGAGCUGCAUCCAUUUUGAACAUGAUGACAUCCUCUUACUUCAGCAGCACAUUUCGAAGUGCAUGGCUUCUUGGUCCUGCUUUGAUUUUCAACAGAAGUUUCAGUGAUUCAUCCCAUUAUAACAGAGGACAUUUUUUAGAUAAGAGUGGCUGUGCAAUGGAUGUCCAAUGUCUUCGAAAGAUGUCACCAAAGGAAGUGAUAGGAACUUACAUUUGGAAUGAUGACGCGUCUUUUAGAAUCAGAGAUCAGAACGACCUUCCUAUUCAAGGAAUCCUUCCAGAACAACUCGCCGUUGUCGAUGGAGAUGCUUUACCUUCAUCGUCCAUCGAAGCAGUUUUGCAUCGAAAUGUAAAAGACAUUCCCAUGCUCAUAGGCACCUCAGCUCAAGCUGUCGAUUUUUGGCCAGGGCCAGACGAUCUUCGUUCUUGGAAUUGGAAUCAAUAUCGAAAAUAUGUUACCACAAGUCUGGACAGUUUCGAUCCAAGAAUUAGUCAGUUGACUAUGCAGCUGUAUAAUACUUCUCACGAGUACGAUGAUGAAUUUUCCCCAGAAUUACUCUACACGACAUUGGUGACUGAUAUUCGUCAAACCUGUCCAGUCAAUGACUUUACUGAUAUGUUGUCAUCUGUCACGAAUUCUCCUGUGUUCAGAUAUGUUGUCACUUCAAGACCAUCAGCACCGAUUCGUGUUUACAGCUAUCCAGGAAUAUACAAUAGCCAUUUGUGGGAUGCCAUAGCGUUCUUCAAUCAAAUUCAUCACUACAUUGAAAGUCCCACAGCAGAGGAUAUACGCUUUCAAGAAGUUAUACAAAGAACAGUUCUGAAGUUUAUCAAAUCUGCCGGAACGCAUAUAACACCUGAGGAAUGGUUGAAGUACCCAAAUUCAGUUGCGUUGAUAAAUGCAAAUAUUACAUUAGUGGAAUCCUACCACAAAACGAAAUGUAAAUUUUGGUCUGCAAAUGGUUUAACAGAUUAUGCUUGGGUCAGCUGAAAUGUUGGAUUGCAUCUCAAAUUUCUACAGGUACUCAAGUGAAUCGCUUCAACUGACUUACACUCUUCUGCCCACUAAGUAUUUAUAAUUAUUUUUUAUUAUAAAUGUCAUUUCUUAUCUUCAGAAUGUUAAAUUUAGUGGAAAAUGUAAUUGUAAUAUAACUUUAUGUAAUUGUUAACUAAAAAAGUUUUAAAAAAUUUAAAUGUGACGUAUAAA